AUUUUUUCCUGCUUAUAUGCCAGGACGUUGAAUAUUUGCAAGGUGAGAUAAACGAGAAUUUGUUUCGAUUUUAAGCAGAUCCUUUGCGAACGAGUAAUGACUCAUUUACACGGCACAAAGAAAGACAACUGGCUAAUUAUAUGAGGAUUUGCAAUUAUUACUAAAUACAAAUGUUCUUGCUCCGAAAUGAUCUAUUUCGAAGACUAAGAUGUGGUAUAAAAUCAGACUGCUCAUUACUUAAAGUUACCAGUAGCGUUUUUUUUUUUAAUUGGAAUAUGUGUCAGGGCCUCAAAAUUAGUAAAUAACCUUUCAGUAAAAACAUCUUAUGAAAAUAAAACACAAUGCACAUACUGAAUAUUGGAUAAAAUGUGAGCUAGAGAUGAUAUUAAAUGAGGGCGGGAUAAUGCAAAAUACUCGUAUUCUGCUUAUUGUUUUAAAUUUAUUGGCGAUUAAUUAUGUGAGCUCAAAUGUGUCGUUUCUGAACCUUGAUGCGAAUGCUGACGUAAGCAACAGUCUUAGUGUGGGAGAUGUGGCCUUCACCUUUCUAACGAACGACGACUCCAGUGUUCUUGUGUCCAUGACAACAAGCUCAAACUUUUUUGAAAUAGAUCCUUCCAGUGAUAAGCUGUUGCUAGUGAAAUCAUGCCUAACAGCUGGAAAUCAAGAGAUACUCAGUUUUACCGCCACAGACCAAAGCUCAAACUCCGUCUCAGGGACACUCACAGCGAACAUUAUUGAAACGGCACCCGUGUUCAACAAUCUUCCCUCAACUAUUUAUGUUGACACCACCAGUGCGAAGAAUGGAUAUCAGACCUUAUUCUCCCUUGAUAUAUCCACUGGGUGUAGUACGUCAGGGAUAAACAGUAUAUGUGACAUUGAUUCUGUAUCAACAUCCCAGAUCUUAUUAGUGCAAAAUGAUAUUCGGGUGAAAAGUCAAGGUUUAAAUGAUCCACAAUCGUUCACGAUAACAAUAACUUGUUCAGGAAAUGGCCUGUCUGCAACUGCGAGCUUAAGCGUGUAUGUUGGAAUAACACCACCUACAACAAUUUCCACUACUGAAAUAACCACAUCGUCUACAACAACGCAAUCUUCCACAAAAACUACAUCAACAACACCAUCUACAACAACGCAAUCUUCCACACCAACCACAUCAACAACACCGUCUAUAACAACGUUAUCCUCAACACCAACCACAUCGACAACACCGUCUACAACAACGUUAUCCUCAACACCAACCACAUCGACAACACCGUCUACAACAACGUUAUCCUCAACACCAACCACAUCGACAACACCGUCUACAACAACGUUAUCCUCAACACCAACCACAUCGACAACACCGUCUAUAACAACGACAACCACAUCAACAACACCGUCUACAACAACGGUAUCCGUAACACCAACCACAUCGACUACACCGUCUACAACAACGUUAUCCUCAACACCAACCACAUCGACUACAUCGUCUACAACAACGUUAUCCUCAACACCAACCACAUCGACAACACCGUCUACAACAACGCAAUCUUCCACAACAGCUACAUCGACUACACCGUCUACAACAACGUUAUCCUCAACACCAACCACAUCGACUACAUCGUCUACAACAACGUUAUCCUCAACACCAACCACAUCGACAACACCGUCUACAACAACGCAAUCUUCCACAACAACUACAUCGACUACAUCGUCUACAACAACGUUAUCCUCAACACCAACCACAUCGACACCACCGUCUACAACAACGUUAUCCUCAACACCAACCACAUCGACAACAUCGUCUACAACAACGCAAUCUUCCACAACAACUACAUCGACUACACCGUCUACAACAACGCAAUCUUCCACAACAACCACAUCGACAACACCGUCUUCAACAACGUUAUCCUCAACACCAACCACAUCGACAACACCGUCUACAACAACGUUAUCCUCAACACCAACCACAUCGACAACACCGUCUACAACAACGCAAUCUUCCACAACAACUACAUCGACUACACCGUCUACAACAACGUUAUCCUCAACACCAACCACAUCAACAACACCGUCUACAACAACGUUAUCGUCAACACCAACCACAUCGACAACACCGUCUACAACAACGUUAUCCUCAACACCAACCACAUCGACAACACCGUCUACAACAACGUUAUCCUCAACACCAACCACAUCGACAACACCGUCUACAACAACGCAAUCUUCCACACCAACCACAUCGACAACACCGUCUACAACAACGCAAUCUUCCACAACAACUACAUCGACUACAUCGUCUACAACAACGUUAUCCUCAACACCAACCACAUCGAUAACACCGUCUACAACAACGGUAUCCUCAACACCAACCACAUCGACUACACCAUCUACAACAACGUUAUCCUCAACACCAACCACAUCGACAACACCGUCUACAACAACGCAAUCUUCCACAACAACUACAUCGACUACACCGUCUACAACAACGUUAUCCUCAACACCAACCACAUCGACAACACCGUCUACAACAACGCAAUCUUCCACAACAACUACAUCGACUACAUCGUCUACAACAACGUUAUCCUCAACACCAACCACAUCGAUAACACCGUCUACAACAACGUUAUCCUCAAAACCAACCACAUCGACUACAUCGUCUACAACAACGUUAUCCUCAACACCAACCACAUCGACAACACCGUCUACAACAACGCAAUCUUCCACAACAACUACAUCGACUACAUCGUCUACAACAACGUUAUCCUCAACACCUACCACAUCGACAACACCGUCUACAACAACGCAAUCUUCCACAACAACUAUAUCGACUACACCGUCUACAACAACGUUAUCCUCAACACCAACCACAUCGACAACACCGUCUACAACAACGCAAUCCUCCACAACAACCACAUCGACAACACCGUCUGCAACAACGCUAUCCUCCACAACAACCACAUCGAUAACACCGUCUACAACAACGCUUUCCUCCACAACAACCACAGCGACAACACCGUCUACAACAACAUUAUCCUCAACACCAACCACAUUGACAACACCGUCUACAACAACGCUAUCUUCCACAUCAACCAAAUCGACAACACCAUCUACAACAACGUUAUCUUCCACAACAACCACAGCGACAACACCGUCUACAACAACGCUAUCCUCCACAACAACCACAUCGACAACACCGACUACAACAACGCUAUCCUCCACAACAACCACAUCGACAACACCGUCUACAACAACGCUUUCCUCCACAACAACCACAGCGACAACACCGUCUACAACAACGAUAUCUUCAACACCAACCACAUCGACAACACCGUCUACAGCAACGCUAUCCACCGCGACAACCUCAUCAACAACACCGUCUUCAACAACGUUAUCGUCAACAUCAACCGCAUCAACAACACCGUCUUCAACAACGUUAUCGUCAACAUCAACCGCAUCAACAACACCGUCUUCAACAACGUUAUCGUCAACAUCAACCGCAUCAACAACACCGUCUACAACAACGUUAUCGUCAACACAAACCGCAUCAACAACACCGUCUACAACAACGUUAUCGUCAACACCAACCACAUCAACAACACCGUCUACAACAACGUUAUCGUCAACACAAACCACAUCAACAACACCGUCUAAAACAACGUUAUCCUCAACACCAACCACAUCGCCAACACCGUCUACAACAACGCUAUCUUCCACAACAACCACAUCGACAACACCGUCUACAACAACGUUAUCGUUAACACGGACCACAUCAACAACACCGUCUACAACAACAUUAUCCUCAACACCAACCACAUCGACAACACCGUCUACAACAACGCUAUCCUCCACAACAACCACAUCGACAACACCGACUACAACAACGCUAUCUUCCACAACCACCACAGCGACAACACCGUCUACAACAACGCUAUCCUCCACAACAACCACAUCGACAACACCGUCUACAACAACGCUAUCCUCCACAACAACCACAUCGAUAACACCGUCUACAACAACGCUUUCCUCCACAACAACCACAGCGACAACACCGUCUACAACAACAACACCGUCUACAACAACGUUAUCGUCAACAUCAACCGCAUCAACAACACCGUCUACAACAACGUUAUCGUCAACAUCAACCGCAUCAACAACACCGUCUACAACAACGCAAUCUUCCACAACAACUACAUCAACAACACCAUCUACAACAGCGUUAUCGUCAACACCAACCACAUCAACAACACCGUCUACAGCAACGUUAUCGUCAACACCAACCACAUCGCCAACACCGUCUACAACAACGCUAUCUUCCACAACAACCACAUCGACAACACCGUCUACAACAACGGUAUCUUCAACACCAACCACAUCGACAACACCGUCUACAGCAACGAUAUCUUCCACAACAACCACAUCGCCAACACCGUCUACAACAAUGCUAUCUUCAACAACAACCACAUCGACAACACCGUCUAAAACAACGUUAUCCUCAACACCAACCACAUCGCCAACACCGUCUACAACAACGCUAUCUUCCACAACAACCACAUCGACAACACCGUCUACAACAACGUUAUCGUCAACUCCAACCACAUCGCCAACACCGUCUACAACAACGCUAUCUUCAACAACAACCACAUCGACAACACCGUCUAUAACAACGUUAUCCUCAACACCAACCACAUCGACAACACCGUCUACAACAACGGUAUCUUCAACAACAACCACAUCGACAACACCGUCUACAGCAACGCUAUCCUCCACGACAACCUCAUCAACAACAGCGUCUACAACAAUGUUAUCGUCAACAUCAACCGCAUCGUCAACACCGUCUACAACAACGUUAUCGUCAACACCAACCACAUCGCCAACACCGUCUACAACAACGCUAUCUUCAACAACAACCACAUCGACAACACCGUCUAUAACAACGUUAUCCUCAACACCAACCACAUCGACAACACCGUCUACAACAACGUUAUCAUCAACAACAACCACAUCGACAACACCGUCUACAGCAACGCUCUCCUCCACGACAACCUCAUCAAUAACACCGUCUACAACAACGUUAUCGUCAAUACCAACCACAUCAACAACACCGUCUACAACAACAUUAUCCUCAACGUCAACCACAUCGACAACACCGUCUACAGCAACGCUAUCCUCCACGACAACCUCAUCAACAACACCGUCUACAACAACGUUAUCGUCAACACCAACCACAUCAACAACACCGUCUACAACAACAUUAUCCUCAACGUCAACCACAUCGACAACACCGUCUACAGCAACGCUAUCCUCCAGGACAACCACAUCAACAACACGGUCUACAACAACGUUAUCCUCAACACCAAACACAUCGACAACACCGUCUACAACAACGGUAUCUUCAACAACAACUACAUCGACAACACCGUCUACAGCAACGCUAUUCUCCACGGCAACUACAGCGACAACACCAUCUACAACAACGUUAUCGUCAACAGCAACCACAGCGUCAACACCGUCUACAACAACGCUAUCCUCCACAACAACCAAGGCGACAACACCGUCUACAACAACGUUAUCCUCCACAACAACCACAACGACAACAACGUCUUCAACCACGUCAUUUCAUACUAAUGCUGUACAUGUUAAUAAAGCCGAAUCAAAAUCUGAUGAACAGUCUGCGUUUUUCGAUAAACCUGAGACAAUAGCCGGUUUAAGUUUAAUUCCCUUUGUUAUGAUAGCGGCAGGAGUUAUUUUCUUUCUUAUAAAACAACUUAGAAGAUGCACAAGCAAAGCAUACGCUGGACGAGAAAACAGGAGGCAAAGUGAACAGGACUCUGAAAGCAAUUACGAUUUGGACGAUGGUUCUGGUGAAAGACGAUCCAGCUUGCGGCCAUGUACACGGCAGUUACAUUCACACUCGCAUCAUCCAGACGACAGGGAGCUCACUCCUGUAGAAUUGACAGUAUUGCGUCACGUCUAGGCAAAUGUUUCGUUAACUGCACCAAGUAAUGUACUGGCUCACUGCAUUGGGAAAAUCUGAGAUAGAGGAUAUUUGUUUUAUUAUUGACUUUUUAAUCUGAAACACCAUAUUAAACAUUAAAUUGACUGUUCUACCGUUCUCCUCGUGACACAUGGUAAGGCCUUUUAAAAAGAUAGUGAAAACAGAAAUAUUAAAAUUCUAUAUUUG